GUGGUCUCCUCUACGUCACAUCCGGCCCUUGAUAUUCGGGGUUGUGGAUCACGCGCGAUGAAGUGCGUGUUUGUUACUGUAGGGACCACCAGCUUUGACGACCUUAUUGCAUGUGUAUCGGCGCACGACAGUUUGCAAAUAAUCCAGAGCCUCGGUUACAACCGACUUGUCCUACAAAUAGGUAGAGGAAAGGUGGUACCUGAACCAUUCAGUACAGAGUCAUUUAUUCUGGAUGUUUACAGAUACAAGGAUUCAUUGAAAGAAGACCUUCAGAAAGCAGAUCUUGUUAUUAGUCACGCCGGUGCAGGAAGCUGUUUGGAGACUCUGGAAAAAAGAAAGCCACUCAUAGUGGUUAUAAAUGAAAAGUUGAUGAACAAUCAUCAGCUGGAAUUGGCAAAGCAGCUACACAAAGACGGGCAUCUCUUUUACUGUACCUGCAGGGUCCCGACUUAUCCUGGGCAAGCCAGCCCUUUGUCUCCUGCUCCUGAGAAGUGCCAAGAUUCUGCAGCGCUGACUCCAACUGCCUUCUCAUGCCUAGACUUUGGGCUGCUUUCUGGAUACCUGCAUAAGCAAGCCCUGUCACUGCUAUCCAUUCCUACCUGCACCCUGCUUUUUCCUUCUUGCCACCUGUGUUACUUUCUCCGCCCCCCCCCCCAACUCCACCCCCUGUGCACAAUGCAUAAAGGAUGGAAAAAGUACUGCGGCCAGAAGUCUCUGAAUGAGGCAUCAAUGGAUGAAUAUUUAGGCAGCUUAGGGCUGUUUCGAAAGCUGACUGCCAAGGAUGCCACUUGCCUCUUUCGGGCUAUUUCGGAGCAGUUGUUUUGCAGCCAGGUCCAUCACUUGGAAAUCAGGAAGGCUUGUGUCUCAUAUAUGAGAGAAAAUCAACAAACUUUUGAGUCUUAUGUGGAGGGAUCUUUUGAGAAAUACCUGGAACGGUUGGGAGAUCCCAAGGAAAGCGCUGGCCAUCUGGAAAUAAGAGCUCUUUCUCUAAUUUAUAAUCGGGAUUUCAUUCUUUAUCGCUAUCCUGGCAGGCCUCCAACUCAUGUCACAGAUAAUGGCUAUGAAGACAAGAUUCUACUCUGCUAUUCAAGUAAUGGUCAUUAUGAUUCAGUGUACUCAAAACAAUUUCAGUCAAGUGCAGCUGUUUGUCAAGCUGUAUUAUAUGAAAUUCUCUAUAAAGAUGUGUUUGUUGUGGAUGAAGAAGAGUUGAAGACUGCAGUAGAGUUGUUUCGAAGUGGUUCCAAGAAGAGCAGGAACAAUGCUGUGACUAGCAGUGGGGAUGUCCAUAUUGACUACAAGAGUUCAACUCAGGAUAGGACUGAAGAGUGGGGUGCCUGCUGCAAUGUUGAAAAUAUACCAGAGGGGUACAAUCAAGGAACAGAAGAAGCAAAGUCUCCAGAAAAUCCAUCAAAGAUGCUCUUCCCUUAUAAGGUGCUCAAAGCCCUGGAUCCAGAAAUCUAUCGUAAUGUAGAAUUUGAUGUUUGGCUGGACAGCAGAAAAGAACUUCAAAAAUCUGAUUAUAUGGAGUAUGCUGGGAGACAGUACUAUUUGGGAGACAAAUGUCAGGUUCACUUGGAAUCAGGUGGAAGAUAUUAUAAUGCUCAUAUUCAGGAAGUUGGAAAUGAAAGCAAUUCUGUAACAGUCUUCAUUGAAGAAUUGGCAGAAAAGCAUGUUGUUCCACUGGCUAACUUAAAACCAGUUACCCAAGUGACACCUGUUCCUGCCUGUAAUGUUACACCCAGUAGGAAAGGAAGAGGUUACCAGAAAAUUUCCUGGAGCUGUGUCCCAGAAAUGGCUAUGUCAGAGAUGGACAUGAAGCAACGGAGGAAGACAUUCAAGAAAAUUAGAGGGAAAGAGGUUUAUAUGACCAUGGCUUACAGCAGGGGAGACCCCGUCCUCCCACCCAGGCUUCAGCACAGUAUGCGUUAUGGGCGUGACUCUCCAAUGCACUACUCACAGACAGCUGGCAGUGUUAUGUCUAAUGAACAUUUUCAUCCUCAACAUUCAUCUCAGGGACAAGGUCGGGGAUAUGGGAUGCCCAGGGAUUCACCUCGCUUUAUAAACAGGCACAACAUGGCAGGCCCUAAAGUUGGUUUUUACCCUGGCCCGGGUAAAAGGUGCUGCCAGAGCUAUGAUAACUUCUCUUAUAGAUCUCGUUCCUUUAGACGUAGUCACCGCCAGAUGCAUUGUAUGAAUAAGGAGUGCCAGUUUAGUUUUGUUCCAGAGAAUGGACAGAUGCCUAGGGGCUUGGAAGAAACCAUUACUUUUUAUGAAGUUGAAGAAGGGGAUGCGACUGCUUAUCCAACUUUACCUAAUCAUGGAGGGCCCUCUACAAUGGUUCCUGCUACUUCGAGAUACCAUGUUGCAAGGCAAGGACAUAGCUCAGGCAAACAGACUCUGAAUUCAGAGGAAGGUGAUGACCAGAGUGACAAUGGGGGAUAUCAUGAAGAAUAUAUUUAUCCUUCAGAACAAGACUAUGAAACUUCAGGUGUUUACAGCACAACUGAAUCUACAGCAAACUUGUCUCUUCAGGAUAGAAGACCAUGUUCUAUGUCUCCUCACGACACAGUUACCUCAUACAACUACCCCCAGAAGGUGGUGAUGGUAAAUUCUGCAGCAGUUGCAGCUUCCUGUGCAAAUAUUGUUCCAGCUCCAGUCUUACCUAACUGUGCAGCAGCUAAUCAAGCUAGUAGUACCACUUCAAUUUCCUCACAGAAUGCUAUACAGCCUCUAUUUGUAUCUCCGCCUACACAAGGCAGACCAGGUAGCUGUCCAGUUUUCCCAGCACCACUUAUUGAAGAGGCUGUCUUUUCUCCACCGUAUAUUCUUCCCUCCAUUAUCAAGGUGAUUGCUUCAGCAUCCUAUCCAUACCUGGCUGCUCCUAUUCCCGCUGCUGCUGCCUCUCUACCACCUCCACCUCCUCCACCACCACCUCCUCCUCCUCCUUCUCUUGAGGUGAGAGAGGCUUCAAACUUACCAUCACUACCUCCACCUUACUCCUGUGAUCCACGUGGCAGUGAUCUGCCUCAAGAUGCAAAAGUUUUGCAGUACUAUUUCAAUCUGGGAUUGCAGUGCUAUCACCACAGCUUGUGGCACUCCAUGGUCUGUGUGCCACAGAUGCAGCAGCAGCAGCAGCUUCAUGUAGAGAAUUACCCAGUCUAUACUGAGCCGCCACCUCUGGUGAAUCAAACCAUUCCUCAGUUACACAGUGAGGUGGGGAGACGAGAUGGCACACAGGAAGAUGUAUCAGCACAUGAUACUUUUCCAAAUGCUGACCCUGCAUCUGUCCCUCAUGGAGCAUUCUAUUAUCCAGUGAUGUCAGAUCCCUAUGGGCAGCGACCUUUGCCAGGUUUUGAUUCCUGCCUUCCUGUUGUGCCAGAUUAUCCCUGUGUUGCCCCCUGGCAUCCAGUCGGUGCAGCAUAUGUUGGUUCUCAAAUUCGUGGUUCUAUGAGUCCUGGGCCACUUGCCUAUAUUGCUUCACCUCCCUCACCUUCUCAUUAUGUACCUCAGAAUAUCUAUACCCCAGGCAAAAAGAACCAGUUGAGACUCAGGGCUCAAGGUGCUUGAACAGGUGAAAGAACUAGAGUGGAAUCCAUUGCAAAGAAGAUAUCCUAUCUUCAGUAUACUGUUCUCAAGAUGAUUGAUAACAAUGAGUUUCAAAUCAGUCAGUGUACUAGUUAAGGCUUCUGCUUCGUAAAAGACAUGGAACUGGUAGUGUUUUGGUUUUGCAUCCUGGAUCUUUACAAGUCCUUGCCCUACAAGUUGGCAUCUGACAACUUUAAUAAAGAAAGAUGGGCAACAGUGCACUGAUCUUUCUAACAACCUCUGUAUUAAUGUUUCAGCUUUUUCUCUGCUAACCUCCUUGGUUCUCAAUUUGUGUACAGAUUGUUUUAUGUUUAAAGGUUUAUUUUAGUCAAGCUUAAAACAUGGAACAACCCCUCUCCAACAUUUUUCAAAUAUGCCAGCAUUUCUGAAAUGUACGUAACUCACCGCAAGUGAUUGUCCUGUAUCUUCAACUGUCAGUGGUUUGCUAGCUUCUAAGCAGUGUUUUAGAAGGUUGUAGUCUAUCUUGAGAAUGUGGGUCUGGAAAUUGUGUGGUUUUGAGAUAAGUACAUUUGCCUUAGGCUUCCAGUUGAUUUGUUUAUUUUUUAAACUUGUAGGUUGCUGCCUUGCCUUGAUUUCCAUUACUAAUUUAAUGCAGUUUAAUGAGAUGCUUGUUAUUAACUUAAAAACCCAAGAUCAACCUAAUUGUUGUUACCAGUGUUGAAAUCAGUGGUAUGAAUGGUCUGUUUAAAUCAUACAAGUAUAGUCCACUUGUUUAUGCUUUAUAGUCAGACUUCUCUAAGAAAUAAUCAAGGAGUGAGCCCUGACCCUCCUAUUGUUUUAUGAGUUGGGAGGGUGAAG